AACAGCGCUCAUUUACUUUACAGCUGGUUGGAUUUGUUUCUCCCCAUCACUUUUGCCCCCAAACCGAGCAGAACUGCAGAGCAAGCUUGUGUUUGCUCCUCAGGUGUCUCCUGCUGUCCCUGAGCUGCUGCACCCCACACAGCAGCACCCACUCCUUGGCCCCUGCUGCACCCCAGAGCUGCGAGCUGGGGGUCAGGCCUCAAAGAGGGGGUUCUCUGAGCUGGGGGCUGGCUCCUGGGCCCGCUGACAGGGAUGGAGUGAUGGGGAAGGGACUUGCCCCAGCUUGCAGGGGAGGGGAGCAGAGGAAAAGUGAUGAAUGAACAUCCAGUGAAAGAAUGAACUGAUCCAGCCCGGCAGGAGGUGGGGAGGGAAAAAGGCUCUUUGUAAAUCACUGCCAUGGUGCAAAGUUUGUGUAAAAUGGGAUUAUGAAGGGAGGUGUUCGGCUGAGCGGCUCCCAGUGCCUCGGGCUCCCAAGGCUUUGGCCACCUCAUCCCUGCAGGUCCGAGCGAGGGAAGAUGGGUGCAGGGAAGGGCUGGGGGACCCCAAACAGCGCAGGGCAGCAGAUGCAGCCGCUCCCUGCACGGCAGCAGGAUGGGACCCUGGGCGCUGCGGGGCAGCCCUUCACCCGUGGGGUUCUGACAGCCUCCAGGACACGUGGGGAUCUGCCUUGAGCCUCAUCCCUUCCCCCUUGGGAAUCUCCUCCUCGCUCAGGAGCCCGGGGAUGACUCACGUGGCGCUGGCACCGCUCGCAUGCACUGCACGAUGUGAUCCUGCCGUGGGCAAGCACCGACAGCACCGGCCCUGGUGGAGGACACCCCAUAGGCUAGCUAACAGGACCGGGGGACCAUGAACUGGGAUCUGUUCGAAGGGCUCCUCAGUGGGGUCAACAAGUACUCCACAGCCUUCGGCCGCAUCUGGCUCUCCCUCGUCUUCAUCUUCCGCCUCCUGGUCUACGUGGUGGCAGCCGAGCGGGUCUGGAGCGACGACCACAAGGACUUUGACUGCAACACGCGGCAGCCGGGCUGCACCAACGUCUGUUUCGACCACUUCUUCCCUGUCUCCCACAUCCGCCUGUGGGCCCUGCAGCUCAUCCUGGUGACCUGUCCAUCCCUGCUCGUCAUCAUGCACGUGGCGUACCGGGAGGCCAAGGAGCAGAGGCACCGCGCCGCCGGUGGGGACGAUGGCCGCUGCCUCUACCCCAACCCCGGCAAGAAGCACGGUGGGCUGUGGUGGACGUACAUGCUCAGCCUGGUCUUCAAGGCCGGCGUGGACACGGUCUUCCUCUACAUCUUCUACCACUUGUACAGGAACUACACCCUGCCCCGGCUGGUGAAGUGCGAGCUGGCCCCCUGCCCCACCAUGGUGGACUGCUUCAUCUCCCGACCUACCGAGAAGAACAUCUUCACCCUCUUCAUGGUGGUCACCACCUGCAUCUGUAUCUUGCUGAGCCUCAUCGAGGCCACCUACCUCAUUGGCAAGCGGUGCCGCGAGUGCGUCCUGGCCGGCAGCGGGGACAGCCACGACUGCUCACCGUCCAGCGCCGAGCCCGUGGGCAUGGAGGGGCAGGUUUUCCAUGGGGUGGACUACAAACCCCCCACAGCCUCCAUCCCCCCCACGGCCUCCAGCCCUGAGCAACCGCCCGAGGAGGAGACUCUUCCCUAGAGCAUCCCUUGGGCAGCUCUAGGAGCCGUGCGCCUUCAUCCCCCUUCUCCUCUUCCUCCUCUUCCUCCGUCCCACUGGUGCAGGAGCACUGGGGUGGCAGCACCUUGGGUUCAGGCUGUGCCCGAGGGCUCUCUGUCUCUUCCGUCCUGGGGAGGGCCCGUUGUGUUGUUCUGCUGAACCUGGGGUACAACCAGGUCCUGUAGGAUAUGUGCAGUCCCCAAGAGCCCACAGGGACAAGCAGCUCUGUGGUGGCUGUGGACCGGCAGUGGUACCCAGAGGUUGAGCUGGUCCUGGGGAUCCUUGCAAUGAAUAGAAAUUCCUAUCCCUUAGAAGUGAUGGCCCGCA